UAGAGGAGCGUGACCAGUGAGCAGACGAGGAAGGGGCGGGAUCCGGGGGUCCCGGCAGCUUCUAGUAGGUUCCAGAAGGCGGCGCGUGCGGUUGGGAACGCGGAGCCGACGGAGUCGAUUCUACCGGGUUCCGGACUGGGCUAUGGAGCAGGUAAAUGAGCUAAAAGAGAAGGGCAAUAAGGCCCUGAGUGCCGGCAACAUCAACGAUGCAUUACAGUGCUAUUCCGAAGCAAUCAAGUUAGAUCCCCACAACCAUGUGCUCUACAGCAACCGCUCAGCAGCCUACGCCAAGAAAGGCGACUACCAGAAGGCCUACGAAGAUGGUUGCAAAACUGUUGACUUAAAGCCUGACUGGGGCAAGGGCUAUUCUCGAAAAGCAGCAGCUCUUGAGUUCUUGAACCGAUUUGAAGAAGCCAAGCAAACCUAUGAGGAGGGUUUAAAGCAUGAAGCAAAUAAUCCUCAGCUCAAAGAGGGAUUACAGAAUAUGGAGGCCCGGUUGGCAGAGAGGAAAUUCAUGAACCCUUUCAACAUGCCCAAUCUGUACCAGAAGUUGGAGAGCGAUCCCAGGACAAGGGCGCUGCUCAAUGAUCCUACCUACCGGGCACUGAUAGAGCAACUGCGAAACAAGCCAUCCGAUCUGGGCACGAAACUGCAAGAUCCCCGGAUUAUGACUACUCUCAGUGUCCUCCUUGGAUUUGAUCUGGGCAGUAUGGAUGAUGAGGAAGAAGUUGCUACACCUCCGCCACCACCUCCUCCCAAAAAGGAGACCAAACCAGAACCAAUGGAAGAGGAUCUUCCAGAGAACAAGAAGCAGGCACUGAAAGAAAAGGAGCUGGGAAAUGACGCCUACAAGAAGAAAGACUUUGACACAGCCUUGAAGCACUACGACAGAGCCAAGGACCUGGACCCCACCAACAUGACUUACCUGACCAAUCAAGCAGCCGUGUACUUCGAAAAGGGCGACUACAGCAAAUGCCGGGAGCUCUGUGAGAAGGCCAUUGAAGUGGGGCGAGAAAACCGGGAAGACUACCGACAGAUCGCCAGAGCUUACGCACGAAUUGGCAAUUCCUACUUCAAAGAAGAAAAAUACAAGGAUGCCAUCCAUUUCUACAACAAGUCUCUGGCAGAGCACCGAACACCAGAUGUGCUCAAGAAAUGCCAACAGGCAGAGAAAAUCUUAAAGGAGCAAGAGCGGCUGGCCUACAUAAACCCUGACCUGGCUUUGGAGGAGAAGAACAAAGGCAAUGAGUGUUUCCAGAAAGGGGACUAUCCCCAAGCCAUGAAGCAUUACACAGAAGCUAUCAAACGGAACCCACGAGAUGCCAAAUUGUACAGCAAUCGAGCUGCCUGCUACACCAAACUGUUGGAGUUUCAGCUGGCACUCAAGGACUGUGAGGAAUGUAUCCAGCUAGAACCAUCCUUCAUCAAAGGUUAUACCCGGAAAGCAGCUGCCCUGGAAGCCAUGAAGGAUUACACCAAAGCGAUGGAUGUCUACCAGAAGGCGCUAGAGCUGGACUCCAACUGUAAGGAGGCAGCAGAUGGUUACCAACGCUGUAUGAUGGCCCAGUACAACCGACACGACAGCCCCGAAGAUGUGAAGCGACGGGCCAUGGCCGACCCUGAGGUGCAACAGAUCAUGAGUGACCCAGCCAUGCGGCUCAUCCUGGAACAGAUGCAGAAGGACCCUCAGGCACUUAGCGAACACUUAAAGAAUCCUGUAAUAGCACAGAAGAUCCAGAAGCUGAUGGAUGUGGGUCUGAUCGCAAUUCGGUGAUGACUUGCUCAUCAUCCCUCUUCCCUCUGUCCUCGUGUGGAAAGAGGAGCUGGGACCGCAGCAAGCAGCAUGGAGCAGAAGGGAGAGAAGGGGGAAAGCAAACAACUUAUCUCUAUAUAUUUAUACAGACCUGUGUGGAAGAUACAGAGACUUGUACCCACGUUACUCUAUAGCCGCUGCCUCUGGGACCUCCCAGCACAUGCAUGGUCUCUUCCGCUGCCCUUGAGUUCCGUGUCUCUGUCCCCUGUUCCCAGUCGCUGUCUCAGCUGCCCUCCCAUAGUUGGUUAUUUUUUAUUUGGGGCAGUGGGCAUGAAUGGGGAAGGGAGGGUAUUUUUCCCAACCUCAGGUCCCAACUGUCUUCACAUUGUUAACUCCGAGUCCCCUUCUCCAAUAAAACAAGCCAGUCAGGCGUGGUUAUGCCUUG